AUGGCUCCUUCCUCGACAAUACUUGUCAACAACAGCAACAGUCUCGAAAUCUUCGACCAGACUCCUCAAGCACAGAGCUUCAACCCUUCCAAGACCAGCGAAUCUCGGGUUUUCCACCGGUGCCUCCAUUCAGACCCACUGCACGUUGUUGGAGCGAAAGGCCACUACCUGACACUCAGCAAUGGGCAGGAAAUCUUCGAUGCCAGUGGCGGAGCUGCUGUCGCAUGCUUAGGGCAUGGAGACGUUCGCAUUCAGGAUGCCCUGAUGGAGCAGAUGAACCAAGUGUCGUACUGUCACUCGUUGUUCUAUGCAACUCACGCCGCCGAGGACCUUGCAAAGCUCCUCAUCGACAGCACUGAUGGCGAGAUGGCUCGAGCGUUCUUGAUCAGCAGCGGCAGCGAAGCAAUGGAAGCAGCGCUCAAGCUAGCAAGACAGUACCACCUUGAGAAAGCCUCGCCAGAACCUUCUCGCGUACAUUUCAUCUCACGACAUCAAAGCUAUCAUGGUACAACCCUCGGUGCUCUCGCUGCAGGAGGUCAUGUUGCCCGCCGAGCGAUUUUCGAACCCAUCUUGAGCAUCAACACCAGCCGAGUCAGUCCAUGCUACGCUUAUCGAGCUGUGCACGACCUGACGGAAGCCAACGAGACCAUGUAUAUCCGCAAGCUGGAAGCUGAGCUUGACUUGGAGUUCAAGCGGGUCGGAUCGGAGAAUGUUGCGGCAUUCAUCGCUGAGCCAGUGGUUGGUGCUGCGCUGGGUUGUGUACCGCCGUCUCCUGGGUACUUCAAAGCCGUUCGCAAAGUAUGCGACAAGCAUGGUGCGCUGCUCAUUUUUGACGAAGUCAUGUCAGGCACUGGACGAGUGGGACCGGAAUCGUCGGAGAAAUAUCGCAAACCUCUUCAUGCGUGGCAAGAUCCUCUCAUUGGGGUGGUGCCAGACAUCAUGACCAUGGGCAAAGGUCUCGGUGGAGGUUACAUGCCGAUCGCAGCGAUGCUCGCCAACAGGCGUGUCGUCAAUGCUCUCUGCAACGGUACCGGCGCUUUUAGUCACGGCCAAACCUACCAAGGCCAUCCACUUGCCUGCCGCGCAGCAUUGCAAGUCCAACGCAUCAUCCGCGACAGCGACUUGGUGGCCAAUGUCCGUGAGCAAGGGGCUGUCAUGAGUCGACUUCUACACAAGAGACUUGACGACCACCCUUUCGUGGGCAACAUCCGCGGCCGAGGCCUGUUCUGGGGCAUCGAAUUUGUCAAGUCAAAGGAUACCAAAGAGCCAUUUGCGCAGUCAGUUGGCAUCGCUAUGGGUAUUCAUGAGCUUGGCAUGCAACGCCCUUACAACAUCAGCCUCUACCCAGGUACUGGCUGCGCAGACGGCAAGAGUGGUGAUCACAUCAUCCUCGCACCUGCGUACAAUAUCACGGCGGAUGAGAUAAGCCAGGUUGUGGACACGACGGUGACUGUCAUUGAGCGGUUUUUCUCUGAAAUGGAGGUCGAGCGGGACGCGGAUGACAGCAACGGACACAAAUAG